GAAUUCGUACUAGUUGCACACGGAAGUGUUGAUCACGUGACAAAUUUCUAGCGUAAAUAUUUUCUUCACAUAGCGAAUGAUCCUCGACAAUGUUUUAGCUGCAUAAAUGAAUACUAGACAUAACUUUUUCUUAGUUUAAACUACGUAGAUUUCGUCAAGUAUCCCCAGCGCAUUCGAAUAUUGAAACUAAGCAGGAACAAUGAACGUGGAUCUGCCUCAAACCGGACAGACUGGAGCAGCCGUCGCAUCCAGCACAUCUACAUCUAGCAGCAGCAACUGCGUCCCGAACAGCAGCUCCACAAACGCCAGCAGCAUCCCUUCGGUCGGCAUCAGUAAUGUUCCCACUUCGGCUGCCAUGGCAACUCCAUCAUCCGACUCCACCGUGUCAAACGGGGUGUAUGUGCCCACAGGGAUCGCCAAUGGAGACGUGAAACCCGUUAUCUCAACUACACCACUGGCCGAUUUCCUGAUGCAGUUGGAGGACUACACUCCUACAAUCCCAGACGCAGUCACAGGAUACUACCUCAACCGAGCUGGUUUUGAAGCAUCAGAUCCAAGAAUAAUCCGUCUCAUAUCCCUAGCAUCACAGAAGUUCAUCUCAGAUAUUGCAAACGACGCACUACAGCACUGCAAAAUGAAGGGCACGGCAUCUGGAAGCUCUCGAAACAAGGCCAAGGACAAGAAAUACACGCUGACAAUGGAAGAUCUUACACCAGCCCUGGCAGAGUAUGGCAUAAAUGUUAAGAAACCUCACUACUUCAUCUGAAGUGCCUCAUUCAAAUGGACUGCUGGAAAUGUGCUGUUUGUCACAUCAGAGCUUUGAAGACAUUGUCCUUCAGUGUGGGAACCAUCAGCCCACCGGCCCAGAGCUUUUAGGGAUUAAGCAUCUUUUUUUGUAUUUUCGUUAAUCGUGUUUAAGUUGUUUGAUCACACCACACCAUGUGACUUUAGUUAAUGUCAGUAAAAUGUUGUAUAAAUAAAUUCAUAGUAAUUAAGUUCCUAA